UCCACUCUCCCCUAUCAAGAUAUUUGUUCUAUUGUAAAGUUCGGUUUUAUUGUGAUGUGAUGUCAUGAUUAUGACAGGGCCUGGUUUCACAGACAUGUUUUAGGAUUGGGCCAGGAUUAUAACCUGGAUUAGGCUGUCAGUUCAAUUAGGAAUGAUGUGGUGACAACAGCUGUGCAGAGGGGACCCAAUUAGUUUUUUUUUUCUUUUUUUUGUCAUGGGGCCCAAAAUUCCUGGCACCGCCCCUGGCUGGUCUUAAUUUCUUUAAACACCGUGCACCAGACUUUAGUCUCGAGACUGAAAACACUAAUUGAGCUCAAAUGACAUUCAUAACCGACCUGACAGUAGUGUUUCCCGGCUUCACAGAAUGAACCUGCUCGCGCGUGGAACUAAAAGUAUUUUCUUGCAGAACGACCCAGUCUGGAUAACAAUUGGCUAAAACGACUGUCAAUCAAACUCAUAAAGAAUAAUGCAAUUCAGUGAGCCGCUAGUGAUUCAUUGUUACGGUGUGAUCAUCGAGACCAGAACGUUGUUCUUGUAGGACUAUGACGGACAAAGCUGUUUUCCUUUGCUUUUGUCUGUUGCUCAAGAAAGGUGUUAUUGGUGAUACAGAUGAAGUGAAGUCAGUGUCAGUGACUGAAGGAGAUUCUGUCUCUCUAAACACUGAUGUUAAAGUACAGAGAGAGGAGCAGAUUCUGUGGAUGUUUGGACCUCAAAACACUCGUAUUGCUGAUAUCCACAGACAGAACAUUUAUAUAGAUGCCACUAAUACAAUAUUUGGAGACAGACUCCAGAUGGACAAUCAAACUGGAUCUCUGACCGUCAGAAACAUCAGAUGUGAACACACUGGACUUUAUAAACUACAGAUCAUCAGCAGCAGAGGAACAGAAGAGAAGUUGUUUAAUAUUUCUAUUUAUGCACGUCUGCCUGCUCCUGUCAUCACCAGAGACUCUUCACAAUGUUCUUCAGGAUCAUCCACAUCCAAUUGUUCACUGUUGUGUUCAGUUGUGAAUGUGAGUGCUGUGACUCUCUCCUGGUACAAAGGAAACAGUUUAUUGUCCAGCAUCAGUGUGUCUGAUCUCAGCAUCAGUCUCUCUCUACCUCUGGAGGUGGAAUAUCAGGAGAACAACAUCUACAGCUGUGUGAUCAACAAUCCCAUCACAAACCAGACUCAACACAACAUUAACAUCACUCAACUCUGUCAGCCAUGUGCAGGACUGGAUAACCGUUCGAAACACAUGAUGCCAAAAGCCCUUAUAGCCAUUAUAACAAUUAUAGCAGUGCUGCUUGCGUGCAUAGCUGCAGUUGUAGGUUUGAGGAAAAAGAAGGUUUAUGAAUCGGGAAGAAGAGGUGAUUUAUGUUGAUACAACAUUCUGUGCAUAUCUGGGACAAUAGUGCAACAGUUCACACAGUGUACACAAGCGUAAGGGAGAGUGGAGAGAAAAAAAAUGUUAUGUGUGGUUAGUGAAAAACUAAAAUGUUAAAUCACUUGAAUAAGGCAAAAAAAACACAUAAAGAACAUUGGUUCCCGGGACUUUCACCAUCAAUUUAGACACAUCAAUCAUAACUCCUUCAAAAACAGCUAGAAACCUUGGAGUUACAGUAUGAUUGAUGAUCAGCUGACUUUCUCAGACCACAUUGCUAAAACUGUCCGAUCCUGCAGAUUUGCUUUAUUCAACAUCAAGA